AUGGCUGCCAUUCUCGAGAAGGCCGCCGAGGCUUUGAACCUCAAGGACCCCCAGGAAGUCCUCUACAUCGACGAGACCGCUGGAUCCGAUGAUGCCGCCGGUACCGAGGCCGCUCCUCUCCUUACUCCCCUCAAGGCCCUCCAGAUCUCCCAGACUGCGAAGUUGAUGAUUCGCAAAUCCCCCUCCGACGAGAACGGCUUCCAGGAAAUCACCUCCACCGCCCUCAAGCGCGCAAAGAAGCGUUUCGACGAGGCCACCCGCAAAGCCCAAAAGGCCGCACAAGCCGCUGCUGCCGCAACCACCGCCGCCCAGGACGAAGCCCGCAGAAUUGAGGAAGCCAAGGCUAUCCAGGUCGUCGAGGACAAGUCUCUCCCUGAGGCGAAGAGGAUUAAGAUUAGGCAGGGUGUUGCGAACCGUGGAACGAGAGUUAAGGUCUCUGGAUGGGUUCACCGAUUGAGAAGUCAGAAGAACAGGAUUUUCGUGGUGUUGAGGGAUGGAACUGGAUACCUCCAGGCCGUUAUCUCGGCUCCUUUCGCCAACUCGUGGACUGCGCUUACCUUGACGCUCGAAUCUACGAUCACUGUUUACGGUACCAUCGCCGAGCUUCCUGAGGGUAAGACCGCGCCUGAUGGCCACGAGCUUGCUGUCGACUACUUCGAGGUCAUUGGUCUCGCUCCCGGAGGUGACGAGGCUAUCACCAACGUUGUCUCCAAGGACUCCGAGGACCAGCCUGCUCUCCUUGACAAGCGUCACCUCGUCAUCCGUGGUGAGACUGCAUCCGCUAUGCUCCGUAUCCGCGCCGCUGUGCUCCGCGCCUUCCGCAAGGCUUUCGACGAUGAGGGUCUCUGCGAGGUCACCCCUCCCGCUCUCGUCCAAACCCAGGUCGAGGGUGGAUCUACUCUUUUCAAGCUCGACUACUACGGCCAGGAGGCAUAUCUUACUCAAUCCUCCCAGCUCUACCUCGAGACCGCAUUGGCAUCCGUCGGUGACUGCUACUGUAUCCAGGAAUCCUUCCGUGCGGAGAAGUCCCACACCCGUCGUCACUUGUCCGAAUACACCCACGUCGAGGCCGAGUUGGCAUUCAUCUCUUUCGACGACUUGUUGAACCACAUUGAAGAGAUGAUCUGCAGCGUCAUCGACACCCUUCUCGACGACCCUACCACCGCAGCCCUCAUCCACUCCCUCAACCCCUCUUUCAGCCGCCCUCAACGUCCCUUCAUGCGCAUGCCAUACAAGGAUGCGAUCACUUGGUUGAACGAGCACAACAUUCUUACCGACCCCGAUGCCGAGAACCCCAACGGACGCGCUCACGUCUUCGGAGAUGAUAUCGCUGAGGCUGCGGAGAGGAAGAUGACCGACAUCAUCGCUCGUCCUGUUUUCUUGACUGGUUUCCCCCGCGAGAUCAAGGCGUUCUACAUGCUUCCCACCGCCUCCGACCCCCGCGUCACCGACUCCGUCGACCUCCUCAUUCCCGGUGUCGGAGAAGUCGUCGGUGGCUCCAUGCGUCUCAACACCCUCGACGGUAUGCUCGAGGGUUACAAGAGGGAGGGAAUCGACCCUGCGCCAUACUACUGGUUCACGGACCAGAGGAAGUACGGCACUGCUUCUUCGGGUGGUUAUGGAUUGGGAUUGGAGAGGUUUUUGGCGUGGGUUGGUGAUAGGUGGACGGUUAGGGAGACGACGUUGUAUCCCCGCUUUGCUGGACGAUGCACUCCGUAG